AUUUAUCAAACGUUCCUCUGAUUCCUAGAUCUCAUUUAUUUGUUUAUUUAUUUACUUAUAUAUUUAUUUAUUUAUUUGCGAAAAACGUCGCUCUGAUUCCCAGAUCUCAUGUUUUUUCGGUGUCUGUACAGAAAGAGGUGUGCUCCUUUAAUACACAGACAGGAUCUGACUGGUAGUCGCUGAUGCUGGAUGCACCAAUGAAGUGCAGUGCUGCACAAAGAGAUCUACUCCCUCCCUAGUAUGUGUGCUGUCACACUGUGCUCAGUGCUAAAAGAAAGCCUGAGCUAGUGCAUUUCCAACAAAAGGAGCUAUUCCUUUACACUGGAACAUGUAUUCAAGAUACGGCUUGGGUUUUGGUCUUUACCAUAAACGCUAUGUAACGUUAGGACAUACUGGAUAAUCGUUUUGCGGUGUUCGAGGCACGAUGGGAAUUAUGUCGUUUUUCAGGAGGAAGAUAUAUUGCUAUUAUUUCAUCCUUAUGUGGAAUACAAUAGAGGCGCAUGUCCGCUAUGUCAUCCCAGAGGAGCUAAGGGGAGGAUCGGUGGUGGGAAAUAUCGCAAAAGACCUUGGUUUGGAUUUAUCCGAGGUUGCAGAUCGUAAAUUGCGAAUAGCCUCCGAGUCGGGUAAGCAGUACUUCAGUGUGGCCGCGGAUAGCGGCGAGCUUCUGGUGAAUGAAAGAAUUGAUAGAGAGAGUCUUUGUGGGCACACAGUGCCGUGUUUACUGCCUCUGGAAGCAGUUGUAGAAAAUCCUCUGCAGUUACAUCGCGUUGAGAUUGACAUACAAGACAUUAAUGACAACACUCCGAGUUUUAAUUCUGAUCGGCGUAUUUUAAAUAUUCCCGAGUCUAUAAACCCUGGCGCAAAAUUUCUCCUCGAGAGCGCGGACGAUCCUGAUGUCGGAUCAAAUUCUUUGCAAUCGUAUACUCUGGGAAGCAAUAAAUAUUUUGUGUUAAAUGUAAAAAUUCAAGAUGGAAUAAAAAUCCCGGAGUUAGUACUGGACAAACCGCUCGAUCGAGAAAAGCAGGCUACUCAUAGACUUAUACUGACGGCUGUAGACGGCGGAAAACCGACGAGAUCUGGUACGUGUGAAGUCAAUGUCAUAGUUCUUGAUAUUAACGACAAUGCGCCGCAGUUUGAGAAGUCUUUUUAUGAAGCAAACAUCGCUGAAAAUGAACUUAUUGGAAACGACAUUAUCAAGGUUAGCGCUGUAGAUUUAGACGAGGGAGCAAAUGGAGAAAUCGAGUACGUUUUUGCGGACAAAACAUCUGAUGCACUAAAGGCAGUUUUUGAUAUUAACCCGACUACAGGUGUGAUUAAUGUAAAAGGGAAACUCGAUUUUGAACAAGCAAAUUUAUACAAAUUCGACGUAAUGGCCAAAGAUAAAGGAAACCCACAGAUGGAAGGGCACUGUAGUGUAAAAAUAAUGAUCUGUGACAUAAAUGACAACGCUCCAGAAAUAGUCAUUACAUCUCUCUCCAGCCCAGUGCCCGAAAAUUCCCCGAAUAAUACCGUCAUUGCUCUAAUUAGCACUAAAGAUUCCGAUUCUGGUGAAAAUGGAAAAGUGAAUCUUACAGUGGCAUCCGGUUCACCAUUUACACUGAACCCUUCUCUAUCUAAUCGUUACACACUGGUUACGAAUGGUGCACUAGAUCGAGAGAAAUAUCCUGAGUACGAGAUCAAAUUAACUGCAGUUGAUUCAGGUUUACCAGCUCUGCAUGCAGAAAAAAUAGUAAAAAUUAGUAUCUCUGAUGUAAACGAUAAUCCUCCUGUUUUCUCUCAAAAGUCGUAUACAGUUUACACGAGAGAAAAUACUGCUCACGGGUCAAUUCUGUGUUCCGUAUUAGCACAUGAUCCAGAUCUUGACCAAAAUGCCAAAAUCUCCUACUCCAUUUUGGACUCUAAAGUUCAAGAUGUUUCCGUCUCAUCGUACAUCUAUAUUAACUCGGAUAAUGGCAGCAUUUACACUAUGCACUCAUUCGAUUAUGAGAAGAUGAAAGUGUUUCAGAUCCAAGUCCAAGCGAAAGAUCACGGCUCUCCGUCUCUGAGCAGCAACGCCACGGUUCAUGUUUUUAUUGUGGACCAGAACGACAACGCCCCCGCUAUCAUUUACCCCUCCGCACUCAUGGGCACUGUGUCUCAUGAGAGAAUGCCCCGCUCCGCUAAAGCAGGACACCUCGUUACUAAAGUCACAGCAGUGGACGCUGACUCGGGCCAUAACGCCUGGAUUUCCUAUCGGCUAGCGGAGGCCACGGACGCGUCUCUGUUCACUGUCACUUUACAUACAGGAGAGGUGAGGACUAAGCGCUCUGUUUCAGAGCAGGAUGACUCCUCUCAGAGACUGCUCAUAGAGAUAAAGGACAACGGAGAACCGCUGCAGUCCACCACAAUCACUGUGGAUAUACUGAUAGAGGACGGCUUUCAUGAACCAAUCGCAGACUUUAGACACAAACACACAGAACCUGAGAAGAAAAAUAGCAAAAUCACAUUAUAUCUCAUCAUUUCUCUUGCCUCCGUGUCAUUGUUGUGUUUGGUGACAUUUUUGGUCUUGUUGGUAAAAUGCGCUCGAAGCAGUAGAGGCAGCUCGAGUUGCUGUAUCAGACGGAGCGAUUGUGAAUAUAAAAACCCCAACAGAAACCUGCAGAUCCAGCUCAACACUGACGGACCCAUUAAAUAUGUGGAGGUGCUGGGAGGAGACAUGAUGUCUCAGAGUCAGUCCUUCGGCUCGUAUCUCUCUCCAAUGUCCGAAUUCAGUGAUUUCACCCUCGUUAAGCCCAGCAGCACCACAGACUUUACAAACACUCUGAGUGUGCUCGAUGCGUCUUUACCGGACAGCACGUGGACAUUUGAGUGUCAGCAGGUGAGAAAUUAUUUACAUUUAUAUCUGAGCGAAGACAUAGCCUACAUCUGAUUAGUUAUGUAUGUAUUUUGAUCACUGUCGUUAGAGGAAGUUGUUUAUAUGUUUUAUUAGUGCUACAUAUUCAGAAAUACGCAAACUCCUUAUAAACUCCGUGUCGGCUUAUUCCAAUUAAUUUUCAAACGAAUUGCAAUUAUGUCAACAGGAAAUUAACAAAAUAACCAACACCAGUGGAAUAGUUUUUUUCUUCUAUUUUUUCUUUUUUUUCCCACCAACGAACGAAAUCUCUCAAAACAUUGUAUUUGCGUUAGGUAAAUUAUUCACAGGCUACAUGUUACAAGUUUUACAACCUACUAGUCAUUAUUUUGGCACAGGCAUAGAUGCACGGAAAUGCUAAGAAACUAGCUAGAUUGUUAAGUUCUUACUACAUUCACAAAGUAGAACAUCCAUAACGUAGCUACAUAAACAUUACAUUUAUAAUUUAACAUCAUGUACACGGUAUGUGCAGUGAAUAAUUCAUCGGCUCACCUGUAGAAGUAAGAAACUGCUUUCAGCCAAAACAGCUUCGUUUCGCAACACUUGGUCACGUGACAACAGUACUGCGCAAACGCCGCCGUUUUUUUCGCGUUUAUUCGCAAGGUGAUUAGCGCCAUCUUUUGGCCAAACUAAUUAGCAAUGCUUCUGUUUCCACCUGUUAGGUUUCCAUUAAGAAAUAGCUGUGAAGUAAAUAAAGAUGAACCAAAAAGUUUAAAAAAAAUAAUACACUAAUUAAAUUUUCAGGUGCUACAUUUUCUGCAACAAUUUUGUUUUAUUUGUGGAGUACAGAGGUUUAUAAAGUGCUAAUUGGUGUUGCAAAGUAUCUGGCCACGGCCCUGAUCUAUCUUGCCAUUCUCGGUGUACUUUAAUUGUUCCCUGAGCUGAUUCUGCGUACAGGCUUCAUAACCCUGAUCACUUUAUACUAAAAAAAAAUAAAUUCCGUAGCAUGCAAGGUAGCUUUAUCUCUUCAUCAAUGUGAGGUUUUCCAUUUGCCCUCUGAAAUAAAGGUGCCAAACUGAAUUUUUCAUUGUCGCUUGGGUGGUACCAUUAAUACUACACAUUUUGUACCUUUUAGUAUGAAUUUUUAAAAAAAAUAUUUAAGCAACAUAAUUGUACUUUUAAAGCUGUAGUCUAAAAACUAAUUAAAGAUUCACCACAUGCACCGUCCCAUGGAAAAGAUAGGUACAAUCUCAAUAUGCAAAACAAGUAUCACUGAUGGUACCAGCCCAGCGAAAAAGAAAUGAACAGUUUGGUAUUUUGUUUUUGACAGAGUAUAACGGGGUAAAUGAAUUUUGGUGUUGGAACUGUUGCAUUAUUUAUAACCCCUAAUAGUAGUACCUGUAAAUCAGCAUAAUGGAAUGGAAGGGUCAUACCUGUGCAUGUGUGUGUGUGUGUGUG